UAAAUCUGGACUCUAAUUCUGUAAUAUAUCAAGGAAUCUCGUAAAACCGACACUAAAACGUCCCUGCCUACAAAUCAUCCGGCCAAAUUAUGAGUUCAUUGUAUUAUGCGAAUGCUUUAUUUUCUAAAUAUCCAGCCGCAAGUUCGGUUUUCGCUGCCGGAGCCUUCCCCGAACAAACUUCUUGUGCGUUUGCUUCCAACCCCCAGCGCCCCGGCUAUGGAGCAGGUUCGGGCGCUUCCUUCGCCGCGUCGAUGCAGGGCUUGUACCCCGGCGGGGGGGGCAUGGCGGGCCAGAGCGCGGCCGGCGUCUACGCGGCCGGCUACGGGCUCGAGCCGAGUUCCUUCAACAUGCACUGCGCGCCCUUUGAGCAGAACCUCUCCGGGGUGUGUCCCGGCGACUCCGCCAAAGCGGCAGGCGCCAAGGAGCAGAGGGACUCGGACUUGGCGGCCGAGAGUAACUUCCGGAUCUACCCCUGGAUGCGAAGCUCAGGAACCGACCGUAAGCGAGGCCGCCAGACCUACACCCGCUACCAGACGCUGGAGCUGGAGAAGGAAUUUCACUACAAUCGCUACCUGACCCGCCGGCGGCGCAUCGAGAUCGCGCACGCGCUCUGCCUCACCGAAAGACAGAUAAAGAUUUGGUUCCAGAACCGGCGCAUGAAGUGGAAAAAGGAAAAUAAGACCGCAGGCCCAGGAAUCACCGGCCAGGACAAGGCGGAAGCAGAGGAGGAUGAGGAAGAGUGAAGGACAGAGGAAGGUAGAGAAGAGCAAGGGAAAGAAGAAUUCCAGUUUGGGGAACUCAACUAGGAAACUCAAGUCAAAUAGGGUGAAAAGACUAUUUAAAUGAAAGCAGUUAAAAAAAAAAAACAUGAAGGAGAGCAAAAGGUGAAAUUUUGGUUUCUCAACACUGUAAAAAAAAUAUACUACCUAUA